AUGUAUUGCGAUGAACGUCCUCCGUGCUGUAGGAACUGUCAGAAACGGCAGAUUACCUGCGAGUACGAAGCCCAGUUUGGCACCGCCAUCAAUUCGGCGCCUGCCACGAUGAACGUGGCCGAGCCAAAUAUUCAAAUUCAGAUCCACCCCUUGUCAGGUGCUGCUAGCUCAGUCGUGUCUGAGCGCAGACGCCCCGCACUUUGGCGAAAAGCGCCACCACCUCCCUGCACUGCGGUUGAAAGACCGCUACGUCCUAUAUCGCUGCCUCACCAGGACAUAGAGCUCAUGAGACACUACACCGCCUUUACCAGUCUUACUUUAUCCGAGGACGGACGAAAAAGAAUGAUUUGGCAGUUCACCAUCCCUCAACAAGCCCAAUCUUUCCCUUUUCUUAUGGAUAAUCUUUUAUCACUUGCUGCUUUGCAUUUAGCGUACCUGCGCCCCUCAGAGCAGAAGAAAUAUACAUAUUUAGCAGCCAAGUAUCAAGCACAGUGCAUAAAGGCAGCACAGCAGAGAAAACCUGGCAUAACAGAAGAAAACUGCAGUGCUGUUAUUGUCUGCACGGGGCUCCUUCUUCUCCAUGAACUGGCUAUCUUGCACCCAUUAUAUUUCAGCCAAGUCCGUCUAAGUGACCCUCUCGAUGAAUUUCUAGGAAAAGUCCUUUUGAUGCGUCGUAUUCUUGUACUUUGGCAGUUUGGAAUGAAUCUGUUCAAAGCCGGCCCCGCCCGAGAUUUGGUUCUCCGCCGCACGGCUGCGACCUCGUCCUCUCCGCUUGCCGAAGCAAGGGCCGCCCUUGAUGAGCUUCAUGCCCUCAACAGAACUAUGACUAGGAGCGAGGCUGAAAUGAAUGCUUACACUAAUGCUAUUGAGUGUCUUUUUCCGUGCUAUGAAGAAGCGCUAGGUACGCCCCCAGAUUGGGUUACGACUAUCGCAUGGCCCUUGUAUGUGCCAGAGCUAUAUAUGCAAUUGCUGAGCCAAAAGCAACCCCUUGCCCUAGUAAUACUUGCGCAUUUUGUGGCUCUCUUAAGCCUCCCUGUAGGCAGAUGGUGGGCUAAUAGUUGGCCGAGCUCGGUCCUAAGUGCAUUGGCACAAAGCAUUGAGAAUCCAUGGCAUUUUUGUUUGAUACUGCCAGCAAGAAAUGUGGGAGUUGCCUUGAUGCCUGAUCGAUAG